GUGGUUUCUACUACGAUUCGCUGAAGUUGGAGAAAAGUUUGACAAACCCGAGGAGCUUCGACAGAGCUGCAAAAGAACCCGGACACGAGCAGACACAAACGAGCGAACGGGGAUCGAACUAACGGUGGUUUUCUCCUGUGGAACGAUGGACUCUGUCGCCCAGAAAGUGCUGACCUCAGGAUUCAGUUUUGACUGGGGACCUCUGAAGGAGCCUUUGGCAUUUAUCCGUCUGCUGGAAUGGCUGUUCUCCAUAUUUGCAUUCGCCACAACUGGAGGUUACACCGGCGCAACCAGCAUCAACAUCGUAUGUGGAGGUGGAGGCAAUAAUGAAAUACAGGCAGUGUUUAACUACCCAUUCAGGUUGAUGCAGCAUCCUUAUCAUGUUCCCGACUGUAAAAUCAACCAGACUACCACCACUACUUACUAUCUGACAGGAGACCAUGCAUCCUCGGCAGAGUUUUUCGUCUGCAUUGGAGUGUUGGCCUUCCUUUACAGUACUGCCACACUAGUCCUCUACUUGGGCUACCAGCACCUGUAUAGAGAAUCUAGUCGUGGCCCCAUCGUGGACCUGUUGGUUACUGCGGCCUUGACCUUCCUGUGGUUGGCCUCAUCCUCUGCUUGGGCUAAAGGCUUGUCCGAUGUGAAGUUGGCCACCAGUCCUUCAACCAUUCUGUCUUUAAUUGGUGUUUGCAAGGAUGACAAAAACAAGUGCACCCCGGGUGCUAUGCCUCACAUGGGCCGACUACACGCCUCAGUGAUUUUUGGUUUUCUUAACCUCAUCCUGUGGGGUGGCAACUGCUGGUUCAUUUUCAAGGAAACACCUUUCCACAAAGAAACAACCACCCAACAGCCUACAGAUGUGGAGGGGGGUGUUAGGCCAUCGUAACUGCACAGCUUCUUCAUCUCAAAAUUGUCUAACAUGUAGUUUUAUUGAAGGAGUCGUUUUUGUACUAAUUGUUAAAAGUAAAUAUUGUGGAAUAUAAGGUAGACAUUUCUAAAAACCAACUGCUCCUUUUUUGUGAAGUUAUUAAUUUUAUAUUUAGAGUUGUAUUAAAGAAGCUAUUUGUAAGUUUAGCUAUUGCUACAUAGCAAACAUUAGCAUUAACAGCUGUUUACUCACCAGUCUUGCAGAGAGCUUUAGUUAUCAUUGCAUUUACAAGACAAGAGGUUAUAAUAUGACCUCUGAGCAGCUACUUCUUCAGGGCAGAAUGGUCAGAGCAGUGACGUCAGAAAGUGACGGGUUGGCCCAAGCUAACUGGUUAGCGUGCUAACUUCAGUAGAAGAAAAGAAGUGAGAGAACUAGAACCAAAACAAGAGGGUUGCUUUCCACUGCUAGAGACAGCUGUGGGUGAGUCAAGGAAUUAUGGUUGAUACUGAACUCUCAAUGUUUCUUCUAGACUGGUAAGUAAACAAUUGUUAAUGGUAAUGUUGGCUAAGUAGCAAUAGCAAAAAUGUAGAAGUAGCUCCUUUUAAAUUGAAUUUAGUUCUGAAGUCAAGACAGGAAAUUAUAGCAAUCAAAAAUAUUAUCAUCAUCUAUGUGCAAUUUGAAUGUUUCAACAUUUACACCCAAAUAUCCCAAAGAAAGGGUCCUUAUCUCAAAUGGUACUACGGAUGUGGACUGUAUGCCUAAAUGCAGCAUGACUUUGUCACCCUGUUAACUGUCAACAGUACCACAUCUUACUUUUGCCAUCAACAAUUUCCAAAAAAAAAGAAAAAAGACUCAGGACUAUUGAGUGUAGGAUUACCAAACACCCAAUGAGUAUAACAUACUUGAAGUGUAUUUAUUAUUAACACCAGUCUAGCCUGGGGACCAAAUUAAAUUUCAGUCUAAUCCUGAAACCUACAAUCGGCAUCAAAAAGUGAAGUUGCAAUGAAUGAAUGUUAAAUAAUAGCUAAUUUGGAAAAAUAAUUCAGUUGCCAAUAUGAGAUUAUUUAUAAUGGGUAAAAACAAGUUUGUUUAAUCAUUUUUGUAUUAUGUCUCACCUUGUCAUCACAGAAUGCUGUUAGGCUAAAAUAGUAAGAUUAGCCUUGCAGCUGAUUAUUAUGUUGAAUGUGGUGAAUAUAUCCAUUUACGGUAUGUUGGCUCUUGUUUUUUUUUACCAUACUACUUUCUAGGUAGAAUUUGUGACAUUUUUCCUGAAAGGAUUUGUUUGUGUUCUGUUUGUCCUGCAAGCUUAUAAUGUUGUAUAAUUAAAGACAACAACCCAAGGUCCUACAGUAUUUGAAUACCACUGUACUAUGAAUUGUAUACCCUUAGUUACCCUGGCAGUUUUUCAUAAAUAUUUGACUGAUCUCUAACCUGUUACUAAUUAACCGCAUAUAUUUUUCUUAACUUGCUGUUGCCAGGCUUCUACCUCCACAACGUUGUAAGGGAAGGCAAGCUGUUUUUCUUUAUUACGGUCAUUGUUUUGAUUUUCCUCUUUGAUAUAGCCUUGCCUGUUUCACAGUUCUGGCUUGAUCCACCACUGUGUUGAUAAAAAUGUCACAGAUCAGACUGGAGUUCCUGUCACUAUCCAGGAACACAUGAUAUGAAGUGCAUCAUUAAAAGCAAGAAAUUGA